UUUCAUGUUGGAUUACGACAAUUUGUUUGAUGGGACUUGUCCUGUUCGGUUUGCACAAUUACAGAAAUGAUCCCUAUCCGAAUGAGUCAAUAAUUCUUGCUCAUCAGAUUCUUUCUCCGAUCGCAUGGAUAUUUGUAACAGCUUGGACAUUUGUAGCAUGCUUAUCGGGAUAUGGAGGUGUAGCAAACAAAUUCCUAUCCAUGGACUUCUUCGUCGUAAUGGAUCGACUAACAAUCUGGAUUUAUCUUCUGCACCCCGCAUUUAUUCUUUAUCUUUUUGGAGAAUUUAGAAGUCCACAUAGAUUUACACAAAUAAACUUGUGCAUGACAUUCUUAUUAGUGUUGGCACUCUCCGUUAUUUCAUCAGUUUUCUGCUACAUUUUUUUUCAAGUUCCAUUUUCAUACUUUGCUUCAAAGAUAUUCAUGCCAGACAAUUCUAAGAGGGAUUUUUCCGAUGAUAAUGAAAAUCAAAGAAUGCAAACAUUUAAAAAAUGGAAUUUACCAAUUUUCCAUACAAAAACAUUAUGGAUAUCAAAAAGUGAAAGAAAAACGACAGACCAGUAAUUGGCCAUUAAUAUGGGACAACAGUUCAUUCCGAAAGCCUUACAAAUUGGAAAGAAAAUUAAUUAAACAAAGA